AUGAAUAUGCCAAUCGUUGAAUUUACCCUCCAGUACUUGAAAAAUCAUCCUGAUAGUUUGAAUGCUGUUACAACACACACCGCAGACAUAGAGAGUGUAACACUUCAAGGGUUGGUGAAACUAGCGGUAGUGGUCGGUAUUUCUUUGACAAAAAUCUGGAAACACGGCCACCAAGGCUGCUUUUUAUCAGCAAAAUAUAUCGACAGACAUAGAGUUCUUGAGACCUUUCUCGAGCACAUAAAUGAUGCGUUAAAUAAAUGGGACGCAGUAAAAUAUCAUUCACCAUUGGUAGCUCUGGUGCAAGCAUCAACUAUAGGAAAGUCUAAAAUGUUAUGGGCAGUUGCAGAACAUGUCUAUGUGGUUUAUGUAUGCCUUCGCAACAGAGAAUCAUCUGGUAUCCCUUCCCGAUCAACUAUUUCAGAUAAACUCUGUAUGUUCUCUAACGAUCAGACAGCGUUAUUCACGUAUAUUACGUUCAUUUGUUCGACAAUGAGACAUCUGGCGAAAUUUGAAGGGAAUGAAAGAGUGCAUGCACGAUGUCCAAAGACAAUCGACAACAAAAUUGAUUAUUAUGAUGCAGAUUGGCAUUCCAUCAAAGAGUUAGUCGAGACAUGUUGGAAUUCUUCGAAAGAAAAGUUGAACCGUGAUGAAUCAGAAGACGGGAUACAAUUACUAUUCGUAUUCGAUGAAGCCAAAAUAUUGACUGAAAGAGAUCCAAGUCGUGGCAAAACGAAUUUCGAAUGUUUGCGACAUGCACUAGCUACAUUAUCUACAUAUGUAUCAGGUGGCCGUGCAUUUGCUAUCGUCACCGACACAGUAUCCAAAAUAUCAAACUUUGCUCCAGCAGCUCAUCGUGACAGUUCUUUCCGUGUUCAGAACAGGUUGGCUGUAUAUCCACCAUUUUAUCAUAUUGCCACAUUGGACAUUUUCAUGACAGAAGAAACAGAACCAAAGACGUUACAUCGAGUGGCAUCACCACAAUACUUCUUUCGUUAUGGGCGGCCUCUUUGGGGUGGAUUGCUCAAUGUUAAAGGUCUCGACCUUGAAGAUUGGAUCACAAAGAAGCAUACCGAGAAAAUAACAAUAUCAGAAUCCAUUGCAGUUCUCGGAUCACGAUUGUGUAUUGGCGUUGUACCCCAGACUGAAUUGGCUACAGAACUUGUUGCUAAUUAUCCAUCGGAUCCAGUACUUGCAGAAGCGUCAGCUCAUAUAACAAAUAAUAUUAACGGAAUCGGGUUGUCACAUUUUGUUGGCACACUCAUUAAUGCUCUCAGAGAAGGGUCAGUAGAAGUAGCAAAUCAGUUCUCACGUCCAAUGACAUUGCAGCAAUAUUUCAAAGCCCUCCUUUCACCGGAAAUUUUGCGGGCACUUCAAGACAAACUUUCGCCAAAAUUACAAACUGCGAGAAUUAGGUUCACCCACUUUAUUCGUGUUACAUAUACACCAUCCCCAAAACAGCUCGAGUUCUUUCGACGUUGCGCCGCAGUAAUUUGCAAGAGAAAUCAAGUCGCAUCAUUUGAACUUCCCAGUCCUGAUCGUAUCACGAGAAACAUCAAGAAUAAAUUGGAAGAACUUGAACAACCAGAGAUCUUGUUGAAGUCUGGAACGAGGGCAAAUAAAAAGGGAAAUUUGAAGAGGAAUCAUGCAGACAUUAUUGGAUCAGUGAACUUUUCGAAACAUUCUAAAUCAGAUGCUACUAUUAGUCAUAUACAUUACAUUGCGUUGUUUGGUUUGUCAAGUGAAAUCUAUGGCGUUUUUUCAAACUCGGCACAAGUUAUGGAAGCAACUUCAUCUAUUGCAACAGUUCAAUCCGCACCUGCUUCAGAUAUCACAGAAAUACUAAAAAUAAUGUUGAAAACAUGGGCAGAACCCCGCAAUCUUCAGAGUACAGAAGAGCGAAAGAUCCUAAUCACAAGAAUGAGUUCUUACGUUUACAACAUAAAAAACCCUGGCAAACCAUAA